AGAAGGGAACGUAUUUGAAGAAAUUGAAAUUGAUGAAGGUGAAGAAAUUUUGUUGGGAAAUGAAAGGACUGUUUUUGAAGAAAAUGAAGUGGUUGUAUUGGAGGAUAGUGAAGAAGAAAACGAG